AUGCAACAGGCAUCGGCACCAAAAAGUACCGACAACCAUCUGAGCAACACCUCGUGGUUCGAGCAAAACCUAAGCGGAGCGUUUUACGUGGGCGGGCCAUCCCUUGGAACCGACUUUUCCGAUCUAGUAAAUCAAUCGCCUAGCCUUGAUGAGAGCGAGAACGUUGCUGGUUUCAAUUGUUGGGAUGCAAACCUACCGCCUUUUUCGACAUCCCCGUUGAACUCCCUAACGGCACUAUCCGUACCAGACGCGACCUUCAUCCCUACUGCUCCUUCGACGACCGACGGCCACGACGACAGCGAUGAAAACGACGCAGAUCCCACUGAUACACUAUCUUCGCAGCUGGCGUCUUUAAGUCAAAGGGCUACACAGACGACGCGCCGCUUAGUACGCCCCAAUCGUGAGCCUCUGACCGUGUCAUCGUCCGAGGUGAACGAAGCGUUGGAAAUAGUCAAUAAUCUGAUACAUAUUGUAAACAACAUCACCGCGCCGGACCGAGACAAUAUCACGCUCGAUGCGACGACCACAGAUUACGGGUUGGCGCUCUCAGCGCUCGCGUGUCAUCAACAUCUCAUAGCGCUCUUCGGAGCCAUCUGCGACGCCAUACACCAGUGUGUACAGUACAAACAGGAACAGAUGCAACAACAGCAACAAAAGCAACACCGGAGCCGGCAAAACAGUAAUGUAGGACCAUCUGUCGUGGCGCAGUUUGUCAUGGUGCUUCAGCUGAUGAUGCACCUGAUCAAUCGCAUGGAUCGAAGUCUUUUCCAAAAUAGUUCAUCGGCGUCGCAAUAUCCGGGCUUGUUCACCGACGGUCACACCACCCCCAUCACACCUGAUUCAGUCAAUCAGCAUACGAUUGACCCCAAACAGAUCGAAGAAGCCGCGAAUGGUUCAUCGGCACGUGGCGGUCUUGUCUUCCUCGUGCAUGACCUCGUGGAAACACUUCCCAAAGAGCACGAGAAGUUGAGGCAGUCCAUACAGAGACUACAGAUAGACAUAGACCAUUCUUCAUUUCACUGA